AUGGCAGACAUCCUAACGCAGCUCCAAACCUGCUUGGAUCAACUCGCAACCCAAUUCUACGCAACACUCGGCUACCUCACUACAUACCACGACAAUGCUCCUACAACACCACCAGCCCAUGUCGCAGACGCGGUACCCGCACUAGCAAAGAUUACCAAGAAUUCCUCCUCGCCACCCGUCCCAGCAGCCAUCGCCAACAAGGCCGGUGGCGCCGCAGCCGUCGCAGGGAAUGCAUCACCACCAGCAGCCCAUCCCCAACAGCCAGGCGCAGCACCCGCAGCGAUAGGCGAAGACCCCAACCUCCCACCCGCGCCAGACUCACCACGCACAUUCGCAAGCCGACAGCGGGAACUUGCGCGCGACCUGAUCAUCAAAGAACAGCAGAUCGAAUACCUUAUCUCUGUACUUCCGGGAAUCAGCAUGUCCGAGGCAGAGCAAGAAGGCCGGAUUCGAGAAUUGGAAGUUGAGCUCCGUGGAGUGGAAAUUGAGCGUGUGGGGAAAGUGCGCGAGCUGAGGAAGUUGAGAGCCCGAUUGGAAAAUGUUCUUGGGGCGGUUUCUACGGGGAUUCAUGGUGAUGCGGAUGCCCGGGAUUGA